AUGGGCGACGAGGGCGAAAUAUCCCUCGUUGAGUUAUUCGCUGGGAAGGAUAAUUCUAGUCUGCGUUUGUGAAAUCGUCAUAAUAGUGAAAUGUCGUAGUGAACGCUGUAAAUUGGAACACAUGACAAAAUGGUGGACGUUUCUCAGAGAUAUGUACGCACAAAACGCUGUGUUGAUACUGCAAAAUUUCCUGCACUACAUUGCCGUGACCCCGUUUCAUGCGCUUUGGCUACUUUGUACCGUCAUAUUAAAGCUAUUAGCUAACUUCGUGGGCUCGAUAACGAUCAAUAACGUGGUGGUUGCCAUGGGAGAAGUAACAAUGCUCUUGUGGAAUACGCUGACAUUUGUGGUCAACAUUUUCUAUUAUGUCUUUGCGCUAGUUUUCACUCUUUUAUACUUCACCUUCACAUGCAUCCUCUGGCUAAAUGCAGCUGUUCGUCAGAAACAUCGUGGAAAUAUCUGGGAAGCUUCCAAUAUAUUUGAAUCACUUGUCGUAAUUCUUCUAGCGGCUGGGGUGGCUUGGACUAUAAGCUUUGUGAUGAGGCUGUUGAAGAAAGCAUUUUCUUCCCUCAUGAACAGAGGGGUAUCUCAUUCUAAUCAACCUGCCCAACUUACUGAACCCGCUUUACCGCCAUAUCAAGGCCCCGCUCAACGAAGUCAGCCUAUUCAGCAAAAGCCGGUCGUGCCAGCUUCCAAGAGCGUACCUCAGCGAGGAACUUUUUCGAUGGACAAAUUUGAGGGUGCUCGUGCUACGCUUAGGCGUGGCAUUAGACCACCGGACAAGCGUGCCGAAUAUAGCUCUCCAAGCCGGUCGCAAGCAAACGAACCCAAUCGCCUACAGGGGUCUCCGCAAGGCGGAAAAAUUCAACUGAAAUCUGUACCUAGUAAGAGUACAAAACGUAUAAGGAAGACUUCGAAACGAGCUCCACCACGGAGGAUUAAGCGUCAAGUAAGCCAUUCAGUGGAACACGACGAAAGCUGAAUAACUUCGCUUGUUCCACUUUUUUAUUCUUUUCAAAAGCAGAUGAAAUCUUUCGGCUCCCCAUAGUGCGUACGGUGGUGAGGGCUGCAUAUAAACACGUACGGGACAUAACAACUUUAACGAAAAUCUUCGCGCAUGAUAUAGCAGUGGCUUAAUGCUGAUAUUAGCAGACUGCCGUUACACAACGUCUUAUGAAGCUUCCCAGUAUAGUCGCCGCCGCCGCCGCCGCCGCAUUGAGUCUACAAGUAUAUUAAAAGUAUUGAUUAACAUUAGCUGGCCACGAAGGUAAGAGAUAUCGGCUAAUUUGAGG